UUGUACCAUUAUGCUUUUUUGAUACUUGAGGAUGGCAUGUUUUGUGAUAUUGUCAAGUUCACAAUAAAAACGAACGCGGAUGGAUAAUAAGCUAAUUACAGUACGACAUGUUUUCUUCCGGGAGGCCAUCAUGGCGGAGAAGGGAACGUAGCACAGAAACUUCUCGACGACAAUGACUCAGAUUCACUUGUUUGAAAUGUCGUUGCCCGGUAGAGCACCGUAAGUUUGAAAGAAGGGAAACCGAAGAACGUCAGGAUGCCGUUCGUUCUGCUGGACCGCGUUCCGCUGCCGAGCCUGAAGGCCUACACGGCGUGCAGCAUCGCGCUGCUUGGCUUCUGUCUGAUGUACGCACACAAACAGGUGACACUGGAGGGGAGGGGGUUGGAGGACCUAAACCCGCCCACUCCCCCCGAACCCACCGGGGCGGACGCUCGCUGGUGGGCGUGGGGCAAGGAUGUGUUAGGGGCGAACCCCAUCCCUCAGCCGGUGCAGAUAGAACUGAACCGGACUAUUUACACCAAGGCCAUGAUGUCGGUUAUGUUGGAGGAGACGUGGUGUAUAUGGACAUGGAUCAACACUGCGUACUGCUGCCUGAUCCUGCUGGGGAAGGCCAUCCAGUGUCUGGUGUUCGGAGAUCUGAGAGUGUCAGAGAGACAGCACAUCAAGGACAAGUUUUGGAACUUUGUGUUCUACAAGUUCAUCUUCAUCUUCGGGGUUCUGAACGUACAGAACAUGGAGGAGGUGGUGAUGUGGACAGCCUGGUUCACACUGCUGGGGUUCCUGCACAUCAUGACACAACUGUGCCGAGACCGCUUCGAAUACCUGUCCUUCUCCCCCACGACCCCGAUGGCUACUCACGCCCGUGUCCUGGCCCUGCUGACCGCUGUCCUGGUCAUCUGUAGUGGACUGAUGGGCGUGUGUAUUCUGGUCGGUCUGGAGGCCGGACUGAACACUGCCGCCUUCAUGGGGGCAGAGUGUCUUCUCCUGUUUAUCAAGACGACAUAUGUCAUUGUGAGGUAUGCUAUUCACCUGUAUGACGUGAGCAACACAGGCACGUGGGAGAACCGGGGGACAUACGUGUACUACAGCGAACUGGUCAUGGAGCUGACAGCUCUCAUCGUCGACUUCUGUCACCACCUACACAUGCUGACGAACCGCUGGCUGAGAAUAUUCUGGAGGUACCAUCUGUUCGUCAGGUCAGAUAGCAGCAGUAGGGAGAAGCUAAUACCCACCAGGGAGCUCAGGCUGUGGGGCAACAUCUUCCUGUCCAUGGCCAGCCUGGUCAUCUGCAUGCAGCUGCGUUACCUGUUCCACGAGAUCCAGCGCCGCAUGCGCAAACACAGCAACUACCUACGGGUGGUCAACGGCAUGGAGGCAAGGUUCCCCAGUGCGACCCAGGAGGAGCUGACUGCCAAUAAUGAUGACUGUGCCAUCUGCUGGGAUCACAUGGACACCGCCAAGAAGCUGCCCUGUGGACACCUCUUCCACACGUCCUGCCUUCGGUCCUGGCUGGAACACGACACCUCCUGUCCAACCUGCCGCAUGUCCCUCAGCAUUCCGACAACAACGGCAACACCAACACCCCCCCUCCCCCACAGAACCUGCCCCUCAACCCCCCUCCCCCUGCUGGGCACCCCACCCCCCGACAUGAACGCCCAGGUGGUGAACCAGAGAAAUCACUUCUUCCACUUUGAUGGAUCCCGUUUUGCGAGCUGGCUGCCCAGCUUCUCUGUUGAGGUGAUGCACACCAACAUGGUGGGACCUCAGCAUGCAGCUAACUCCCAGCUCGAUGCCAUGGCACACCAGGUGCAGCAGAUGUUCCCACAAGUCCCCCUCAACAUCAUCCUGGACGACCUGCGCCUGACCCGGUCCAUGGAGAUCACCACCGACAACAUCCUGGAGAGUCGCAUCAACAUCCCGCUGGCCGCAACCGUCCGGCGCGGCGCCGACAACGCUGCCGAGUUCCCACCACAGCAGGGAGCACACGACGGGGCCGACAACGCCGCGAACGUCAGCCAUGAAAACCUGGACGACUAUGAUGAUGACGAUGAGGACAUCUCCCUCAUCACAGACAGUGAGUCAGCAGAGGUUACAGAGGAGGAGAGUGAAGAGGAGAGGGAGAUGGGAGCAGGAGACAUGACUGCAGCAGGGGCCAGCAUGGCUGCAGCAGGGACAGACAUGUCUGCAGGGGUAGAGCUGGACCAGGCUGUGUUUGGUGCUGCAAGCAGCAGUUUUGAAGCGAGUGGUGAGAGCAGUGGUGCACACGGGAGCACAGGGCCGCUGGAAGGGCUCGGGUCCCGCUUCUCCAAGUCUCCUACAGAGCGGGAACGCAUGUUAGCGGAUAGGAAAUCAGCACUGAUGGAGCAGGCAAGAAGAAAAUUUAUUGAGCGUGAAAUAGGCACACAGGGAGCGGAAGGCUUGGAAGACAUUUUCAGACUGUCGUCGUCAUCUCAGCUGGAGGGGAGAACAGAGGACGAAGUGUCCGUGCGGCGACGAAUUCUUGCAGCAGCGGCCGAGAGACGACUACUACAGCAGUGAUCACGCCUACAGCUAGCAAAGAUUCUAAAACAUAGAGGUUAUAUUUGAAGUAUGGAUGUAAACUGGACCUCUCAUAAGAGAUACUAGAUGCUCACAGUAUACUACUACUAUGAAUAUCACUCAAGGCAAGACAAUGUACAUUAGCUUUCCACAGUUACUCAAUACUUGAAGUACACAGUGUAUGUUGAUAAGUACAGAUGACAGUUGUAACAUGUGGUAUUGCUUUUAUUUACAUAUGAAUGAAACUAUAGUUAGACCCUACCUGUGAACAAAGAUGUCACUUUGAGGAAUUGUAAAAAUGGUGUAUUGAAUGUCCGAAGUGGUAGCACCAAUUGUUAUUUCUGCUUCUGCUGCUCAGGGUUGUUCAUAUUGAAAGUCUAGGCUUCAACUUAAAUUCUUAGACCAUACUUGUUGGCCCUAAAGUU